GGUGGCCCGUUUCUCUGCCGCGGGGGCAGCUCCCUCACCUGAGGCGGACCCCACUUGCCCUGGCAUGAGCCGGUGCCCCUGCAGCUGCUCCCCACGGCCGCCCUCCGAUUCCUGCCGCUGCAGCUACGGCGUCCUGACAGCCGCCGGACGCCCUCGCCCCUCUGACGGUUGUAAAGAAGAAAGUUCCACUGUCUCUGUCAAAAUGAAGUGUGAUUUUAACUAUAACCAUGUUCAUUCUGGAAUUAAACCGGUAAAGCCUGAUGACAGUAGAAGACAAGGUUCUUACACUACUGCGAAUUUGGAAGGUUCUUAUAAAGACUUCAUUAAAGACUAUGAAAGGUUAUCAGAUAUUGGGUCACCGAUUGUGAGCCCCAGGAUUGUAGAACUUGAAACUGAGAGCAAGCCCUUGCAUAAUAAGGAAAAUCUACAUGUACAGCAAACACUUAAUAGUUCGAAUGACAUAGAAGAACUAGAGACCAGUGGACCUUAUGAAGACAGUGGCUACUCUUCAUUUUCCCAGCAAAGUGGCCUCAGUGAACAUGAAGACAGUAGCCUUCCCCUGGUGGAAAAUUUCAGUGACAGUCCACAAUCUUGCCUGCUACGGACGCAAAGCCCAGACCAAUAUCCCAACAAAAACUUGCUGCCGGCUCUACAUUUUGAAAAAGUGGUUUGUUCAACAUUAAAAAAAAAUUGUAAACGAAAUCCUAAAAUAGAUUGGGAGAAGCUGAAGGAAUUUAUAUCCAGUGGAAAUUUUAGACUACAGAAUAUAAUUGGCAGGAAAAUGGGCCUAGACUGUGUAGAUAUUCUCAGUGAACUCUUUCGAAGGGGACUCAGACAUCUCUUAGCAAAUAUUUUGACACAGCUCAGUGAUAUGGACUUAAUCAAUGUGUCUAAAGUGAGCACAACUUGGAAGAAGAUUCUAGAAGAUGAUAAGGGGGCAUUGCAAUUGUACAAUAAAGCAAUACAAAGAAUUACCGAAAAGAACGUUAAGUUUUCACCACACGCUUCAACCAGAGAGUAUGUUUUAUUCAGAACCCCAUUAGUAUCCGUGCAAAAGUCAGCCACCCAGACUCUCCCCAAAAAAGACGCUCGAACCAAGUUACCUGAUCCAGGUGAUCAGAAAGGUUCUACUUACAGUCGACACAGUGAAUUCUCUGAGGUUGCCAGAACUUUGAAAAAGAAUGAAAGCCUCAAAGCCUGUAUUCGCUGUAAUUCACCUGCAAAAUACGAUUGUUAUUUACAACGGGCAACCUGUAAACGAGAAGGCUGUGGAUUUGAUUAUUGUACAAGGUGCCUGUGUAAUUAUCAUACCACUGAAGACUGUUCAAAUGGCAAGCCCCUAAAAGCCAGUUAUAAAAUGGGUCCUUUGCCUGGUACUAAGAAAAGCAAGAAGAAUUUACGACGACUGUGA